AAUGACGCAAUUGAUUUUGCUGACAGUCGGAGAGAUACAGAAACUUGGUCCACAUACACAGAUCCUGAAUUCAAGUGCAAGGUGUCUGAUAUUGUGUACAGUUUAAUCCAGGGCAAGCUGCUCCCAGGGUGUUCAGUGCUGGUGACCACCCGCCCCACUGCGUUACAUUUAUUGAAAAAGACUGAGAUCAGUGUCAGGGCUGAAAUCCUGGGAUUUUCUGGUGAGGAACGGAAGAAAUAUUUCUUCAGGUAUUUUGAAGAUCAGACGGUGGCAGCAGCUGUUUUCAGACAUGUGAAGGAGAACGAGAUCCUGUACAGCAUGAGCUACAACCCCUCCUACUGCUCGAUCCUUGCUCUGGCACUGGGCCCCUUCUUCACACCAAAUGUCAGGGACCCGCAGCGAGUGCCCAAGACCAUCACCCAACUGUACUCCUACUAUAUUUACAACAUCCUGAAAAACCACAGCCGUGAGAUUGAGAACCCCCGUGAUAUGUUACUCAGGGUUGGUCAGAUGGCCUUCAGAGGAGUGUCCGAGAAGAAGAUUGUGCUUACAGAUGGGGAUUUGAUCAACUACAAUCUGCAGCCUUCCCAGUUCCUGUCCGGGUUCCUGAUGGAGCUUUUGGAGAGAGAGGAUUCUGCCCGGAAUGUGGUGUACACAUUCCCACACCUCACCAUCCAAGAGUUUGUAGCUGCAGUCGCACAAUUCCUGAAUCCACAUCCCGGGGAUAUCUUGAAAUUCCUCACUGGAGCCCACAAUACCACAGAUGGGCGAUUUGAAGUAUUUCUCCGUUUUGUUGCUGGACUCUCCAACCCAAAGACAGCUCGGGGCCUGGAGGAGUUUCUGGGUCCAUUUCCUCAUCAAACAACCUGCCGGGUGAUUGACUGGGUGAAGGAGGAGGUUAUACGCCAGAUAAAUAUCUCUGCUGGUGAAGAUGAUACAAGGAACCUCCUGAACACAUUGCACUACCUGUUUGAGUCUCAGAAUACUGGACUGGCUCGAGGCACACUGGGAUCUGUGGAAAAACUUUCAUUCAGUGAAAUGCCACUGUCCCCGAUUGACUGCGGGAUCCUGUCUCAUGUCAUCGGAUUCUGUGAUACAAUAAAACACCUCUGUUUUUGGAACUGCCGUAUUCAGUUUGAAGGAAUACAGCGGCUGGGAUCCGGGCUACACAAGUGCCAGGAGUUGAGACUUGGGAGUAAUGACCUGGGAGAUUCAGGAGUGAAACUGGUGUCUGCGGCUCUGAGGAACCCAGAGUGUAAAAUACAGAAACUGCGGCUGAACGAUGUUGGCCUCACAGGUUCUGGUGCCGAGGAUCUCGCCUCCACUCUCAGUGCAAACCGUACACUUACAGAGCUGAACCUGAGUGUUAAUAAACUGGAAGAUUCAGGAGUGAAACUGGUGUCUGCGGCUCUGAGGAACCCGGAGUGUAAAAUACAGAAACUGUGGCUGUGGAAAGUUGGUCUCACGGAUUCUGGUGCCGAGGAUCUUGUCUCGGCUCUCAGUACAAACCAAUCACUGACGGAGCUGGACCUGAGAUUAAACUCGCUAACGGACCGAUCUGUCCCUGCUCUCCGUCGCCUGAUACUGUCCGUCCAAAGUCUGGCCUAUAUUGAGCUGUGGAGAAAUCACUUCAGUGAGACUAGGGAGAUGGAACUGAGAUCUCUGCAGGAAGUCAGACCCGGACUGACAGUGAACCUGUGAACAUCUGAAUGAGUGAACAUCCCCGCUCAAGGGAUGGGGACAUUUUGGUCGAUUCCUCACCAUCCCCUUUAAUGACAACACUCCGGGUUUAAUUCCCAAUGGUUCUAACGGGUCACGUUUCCAACCAAGCACUCUGUGAUGUCGGAGGUGUUUCCGCAGGCAUGUAAUUUCCCUUUGUGACCAGCGGCGCUAUUUCUGCUGGAUGUCCCGGUCUGAGAGUUCAUUUAAGUGAGACCUUGGGGAAAUACACAGAUAGAAGAGGCGGGGCUCAGUCUGGGACACCGGUGUCUGGGGUGGGAUUAUCCUGAGAGAGAACACUAUUGCUCACUAUGCUGAGGAAAAUACAUUUAGGAGUCUGUCCGAAAUUAGGAUGUUAAAUGAGUAAGUACCUUGGUAGCGACCCUGGAACUGCAGCGAUCUCGGACACUGUCCUGAAAUGUGAUUUUAUAACCAUCGGUUUCCUGAAGCGGAGUGAUAGUGAGAAACGGGACUGAUGAUUCAAUCUGUUUACUCGUUGUUACUGGUGUGUGACUCUCAGUUAAUUGUGUGUGACUCUGAGUGAAUCAGGAAUAGCUUAUUUAUUUCCGCAAGUUAGCAGGUUACACGUUGUUUAAUUUACAUUUACAUUUGUCAUGUGUGUUGGCGCGUGGCCUAGUGGACAAGGCAUCGGACUAGCAACCUGAAGGUCACUGUUUCGAGCCUGAGCUGAGGCAGCGAGUUGGUGUCCUUGAGCAACGCACUAAACACAUUGCUCUGUGGCACCGGGGCCUAGUGCUCGUCCCUUGGACAACAUCGGUGGCGUGGAGAGGGGACAGCUUGCAGCCUGGGCAACUGCUGGUCUCCCAUCAAAAAACCCUGGAAAUGAAACCUUCCAAGGCGCAAAUCCAUGGUCUCAUGAGACUAAUGGAUGACUAUUAUUAUGAUGAAAUCAAUAAGCUGCUGUAACUUGAUUUGUGUUGGACUUGAUUUGAGUUUGUUCGGGAACCCUAUCACACACAGCGAACCAGAGCUUCUCGCAGAGGCACAGCUGAGGGAGAGGAAAGUUUGUUACCCUGGAUCCCGUAACCCCCACAGCACCCACGCUGAUCCCGCGCUUUUCUCGCUCCUGCCCCCCACACUUUCAUUGUUCCCGCCCCCACUCUUUCCUCGCUCUCGCUACCGACCUUUCUUCCCGUCCGCCCCGCGCUCCCAAACUCUGUCCACGUCUGAACCAAAACACAGCCUAAAACCCUGUUUUUUUCUGCCAUCCCUUUGCCUAUCUGAUAGUCCCUUAAAUGUCUUGAAUGUAUCUGCCUCAAUCACCACGCUCCGCAGUGCUUCCAGACAUAUGCCUCUUUUUGUAUAAAUAAAAUAAACCCCGAAACCUUUUCCAACACCCUAACCUUGCCUAUCUUAACAUUUCUUAAAGGUUUCCAAUGAAUCUGCCUCUAUCACCACCCCACGCAAUAUAGCCCACACACCAGCAGUCUGUAAAAAAUGUAAACCCUGCACCUCAUAUAUCCUUUGGAAUUACCCCCAUCUCACCUUUAAAAUGAGUCCUCUGUGAUUUGACAUUUCAACCUCAGGGAAAAUACUGUCUGUCUGGUAUAUCUAUGUCUCUCAUAAAUUGUAUAAAAUUCAGCAGAUCUACUCUUAGCCUCUCCCGCUCCUGAAACGACAACCCCAGUUUGUCAAAACUCUCAGUAUAGUGCAUGCUUUCUAAUCCAGGAGGCAUCCUGGUUAGCGCCGGCUGUAUCCUCCGCAAAGCCUCAAUGUCUUUCCGCUGAUGGGGCCACCAGAGUUCAUUACAGACUAUCCAGAGUUUUGUAAACUCUCCAUGGUAGCAUCUUCCUUGAAAAUCAACUAGCCCUUAUCUCAUUAAGUAGCCUCAUGUGCAGCACCUUGUCAAACACCCUCUGGAAAAACAAGUAAACCAUAUCCACUGACUC